ACACGCUGGCCGAUGACCUCGGCGCUCGUCCGGCAGCGCCUGCAGCGCGCGGGGUUUGAGCGGCCGGAGUUGCCGGGAGCGCCCGGGCCGGCCAUGGCCUCGGCGCGGGAGGACCCCGUGCUCAUCCGGCCCCUGCGCGGACACCGGGCGGCGGUGACGGGCGUCGCCUUCCACGAGGACGCCACGGGGCUGGCCAAAACGUUGGUGUUGCUGGCUUCUGCUCAGGCCAAGUCUCCAUUAAAACCCAAUAACUGCUCCCUACUCCUAAUAUCCACUACAUCUUCUUUGGAUACGUUUCUUAUGAUGUGGAAGCUGAAGACACGAUGCAGAGCUUACAAAUUUGUAGGCCAUGCAGAAGCAGUGACCAGUGUACAGUUCUCACCAGUUGGGCAGCUACUUGCUUCAGCUUCUCAAGACUGGACUGUCAGACUGUGGAUUCCUUGCAUUCAUGGAGAGUCAUCAGUACUGAAAGGUCAUACAGCAUCUGUUCGUAGUGUGAGCUUCUCGCAUGACGGCCACUUUCUAGUUUCAGCAUCCAAUGAUAAAUCAGUAAAAAUAUGGAGUGUUCGCCGUCAGUGCCUUUAUUUUUCCCUCUUCGAACAUACUCAUUGGGUUCGCUGUGCAAAAUUUUCACCUGAUGGAAGGUUAAUAGCAUCUUGCAGUGAGGAUAAAUCCGUUAAGAUCUGGGAUACACGAAAUAAAACUUGUAUUGAUAGCUUCUUAGAUUACGGAGGAUUUGCAAAUUUUGUGGAUUUCAACCCAAGUGGCACGUGUAUAGCUUCUGCAAGUUCCAAUCGUACAGUGAAACUGUGGGAUAUCCGAAUGAACAAGCUACUGCAGCAUUACAAUGUUCACAGAGCAGGAGUGAAUUGUGUAUCGUUCCAUCCCUCUGGUAACUAUCUCAUCACUGCUUCUACUGAUGGUACACUUAAGAUUUUGGACAUCUUAGAAGGAAGACUUAUUUACACUCUUCAUGGACACAAGGGAUCUGUGCUGUCUGUCGCUUUUUCAAAAGGUGGUGAAAAAUUUGCCUCAGGUGGAGCAGAUGCUCAGGUAUUACUAUGGAAAACCAAUUUUGAUUCAUUUGAUUACAAAGAAGUUCUUAAACACCAUAUGAGAAGAAGACAUAUUGAUGAUCCUCCUCAUCUUCUUGAUAUUUACCCCAGGUCACCUCAUCUCCACUGUGAAAAACUUGAGUCAGUUGAGAUCAACCCUACCUUUGAUGUGGCCGAUACACGAACACAUGACCCACCUGUCAUAGAGAUUAAUUCCUCUUUAUCUUUCAAUACUCAGGAUGAUGUCAGCAGUGAAGAUCUGCAGUAUUCCUCUGCUUCAGUCUUGGCAACAAGUUCAAAAAGGAAGUCUGAGAAUGAGAGCGAAUCAGCUGUGCACAAUGUGGACAAGCAAACAGGCAUCUCGCCCUCACUGGGUAGUGCUUUGGAGCAAAUUGUGGAACAGCUGGAUGUUUUAACUCUAACUAUUUCAAUCCUGGAACAACGUCUGACUUUGACUGAAGAUAAAUUGAAAGAAUGCUUAGAAAAUCAGCAAAAAUUGUUACUUCAGGGAAGACAGGAAGAAUAGAAGAUGAAAAUGAACUGUAUUGAUGAAUGUUUCAUAUAUUCACAAGAAAAAUAAUAAAUGUUACUUUAUUGGAUUUUGCUAUAAGGAGAAAAAAAAUCCUCCAUUUCUAAUAAGUCAAUGUAAUAAAAACUGAAGAAAAAAAUAGACAACACAUUUGAAACAUUGGUAGCAAAGAGAUGUUGUGGUUAUAUAUUUAAUAAAGUGUAGUCCAGCUGAAACUUAUAUUUUCUAAAAUUGUUCUCAUUGAAUACUACAGAAUUCUUAUUUCAACCUCACAGAGUCUUUAAAUAUGACCAAGAAACAAACUACACAUUUUCAGAUGAAUAGUAAGUAUUAUGGAAGCGCACUGUGCAGGUUUUUUAACUCAGGUAAGGACUAUGAAAAUAAUACUCUUUGUACUAGGCAACAAUACUCAAGCACCUUAAUUAAAUAAGACCUAAUUAGGCCUAACUCCAAAAAUGCCAGAAGGUUUCUUUUUCCCUUACAUGCUCUCAAAUACCUUACCGAAAAGUAUCAACAGUUACUCUGUAUCUUCUAAACAUAUUAAUGAUGAUUGCAAAUAGAUGCAGUGCAAACACUUUUAGUUACCAAUAGGAAAAUGAAGUAACUUAAGCUUUGAAACUAUAAUUUCAUCUGUAUGAAUUUGUCUGCCAGACUGAUGCAGUUGAACACUUCUGCUUAUGUCAUCCCAUCAAAAUUAAUUUUUCAUAUUUAGAAAACUAAAAAUCGGCUUCAUACUUCUGAAGAAUGUAUUUGAACCAAACACAAAAUUAUGUGAAAUCUAUAAUAUAGAUGCAAAAGAGUCUCAUCCUCCAAAGGCUUCCACUGGUGCUUGAGUUUUAUGUGCUGUGAAUGUCUCCCAUUAGUUUUAUGUGUUAUGAAUGGAGCCAUAAGUCAGGGAAGGCUUUGCAAUGUAUGAUGAUUUUGGUUUUAUUUUUAAUUAAAAUGCAAUUUUUAGAAAGGUGAUUGCAGGUCUUUUUUAAUAGAAAACAUCUAUACUUUUUUAUGUCUACCCGUUAUUUUUUUUGUAAUGGCAAUUGCAGAACAUUGUAAAUCCAUAAUCAAAGCUAGGUAGUCAUCCAUUUCUGCAACAUUUUGUAUCUUGAAAAAUAGGACACUUGAAAUGGGGGGAGCAUUUUAAUCCAAUUCUGCAAUUGUCUGUAUAUAGAUAAAGCCCAUUUCCCAGGCUGAACCUCAUUAACAUCAAAAGACUUCAGCUUAAGUGCAGAAGCUCACUGUGCAAAUACUAUUGUGGUUUAAGCCAAAGCAAUGAGCAGUCAAUUUUUCUUUUAGAACUUUUCAUUUUCUCUCAUAGUAAUCGCCUUCAGACAACCAGACAUCACCUCGCCUGGUAAGCUCCAAAUUCUAGCAACAGCACUACUUAUUUUCAGCUCAGUCUUGAAUAGCUCUGUUUAUCACAAAGCAGUGGCUCAAAAAAAUUUUAGAUGCAACUCUUGCUAUGCAACAUCCUUGCCAUGAAUUUUUUGUGAAAGUAUAGUCUUUUAUAUUCCAAUAUAUACAGCCUGACCUUUGAUUAUGCAAUUGUUUAUAAGGCCAUAUAACACAUAGUUAUGUAAAUACUGUCUUUUAGGUCAGAUGUACUUUGCUUAAGGCAUUUGCAAAUACUCUUCUGGUCUUUGCCUCUUCUUGGCUCCAUUCGAAGACACAAAACCAUGUACCUAAUAAAUACUUGUUUCUCGUUUGCCGUGAAUGGACUAUAGAUAUAGGUUUUAAAUCUGUAGAUUUUUUUUUGUUAAGCUUGUCAGGAUUAUUUAUCAACAAACAAGAUUUGGACUUUUUUUUUUUAUUUACUUCUGUAUUUUUUAAUAAAAUCUCUGCUGAAAUGUUCCUGUUUGCCUUAUAUCCUGUCACUAAUUCUUGUAAAUCUAUGAGGGGGUCUGUUGAUAUUGAAAUUCGAUUUGCAUGGCACUUGGGAUAUCUGUACAGUUACAAAUAGUUGUUUGCGAGCAGGAUGGGGGUAUUUU